GCCCAGACGGCGGAGGAAGGGGGAAAGAGGAGGGCAGAGCAGCAACAGUACAUCGAGCGAGGGAGUAGAGUAAAUUGAAUCAGGUUUCGUGUCGAUUCGGAGGCUUUCGCUUCUGCUUGCGGAGUUGCGGUGGAGAUUUGAGGCCUGCGGCGAAGAUGGCACCUGCGGAAUCCGGGGAGAAGGCGACCAGCUUCGCCAUGGCCUGCAGCCUGCUCAGCCGCUACGUCAGGCAGAACGGUGCCGCCGCUGCCGAUCUCGGCCUCGCUAUCAGAGCUGAAUCCGAUGCAAAGAGGACGUCGACGGACAUGGAAAAGGGGGAGACGGGGAAGGAGACCAUGGAUCUCUUCCCCCAGAUCGCUGGAUUCGGCUCGGAGGCCGCCACGAAGGAAGCCCCUGAUGCGAGGGAGCCAGAGAAGCGCCAGCUGACUAUCUUCUAUGGCGGGAAGGUCCUUGUGUUCGAUGACUUCCCUGCUGAGAAGGCAAAAGACCUGAUGCAAAUGGCCAGCAAGGGUUCACCCGUAGCCCAGAACCCUGGCCUGCUGCCUCCCUCCACAGCUGCAACCGUUACUGACAGCACCAAGAUCGCAGCAGUGCCAGCCGCACCAAUUGCUGUGGCCAACGCCCAGAAGAGUGCAGCAGAUAUACCGCAGGCUCCCAAGGCAUCUCUUCGCAGGUUCCUUGAGAAGAGAAAGGAUCGCCUUACUGCGAAAGCACCAUACCCGGGUUCCCCUUCAGAUGUUACACCUGUGAAGAAGGAGAUGUCGGAUGGUCAGCCAUGGCUUGGGCUGGGACCUCAGAUCGCCAACCCUGAUCUGAGCUUGUCCAAGGAGGCGAGCCAGUGAUCGAUGAUCCAGCAUCACCAUCUUCAAAACUGCGAUACUCAACAGCCAUGUGUGGAAGUGUUCUGUUUUGGGCCCCUAUCAUUCCGGGUUUUUUUUCGCAUGGAUAAAUAGGUUGUACGAAAGUAAAGAACACAGCUAAUGACGGACUUCAGUAAGGAUUACCGGCGCUGGGGCAGGUUUGGCUGAUCAGCCUUUGCUGGCCUGACCCAAGUGGCCAUUUUAGAAAGAUGAAAAUGUAAUGUAGUAGUUGCUAGAACAAGUUGGCAUCUUGGGAUGUUCUGUGUUGUUUGGCUUUGGCACUGGUGCGUGUCAGUGUCACAAAGCUAUUUAUUUUCACAGAUACAUGCUAUAUGAUUUUUUUUAUUAUCUUCUGGUUGUCUCUGUAGGGUUAUGAAAUAUCACAGCUUUUCUUUCU